UAAUGUUAUUGACUUUCCUAGAUAGCUUAUGUGAACUAAAGAGCCCCUCCCUCCCUAUGCAAUGGAGAAGCAGGGUGUUUAUAGUUGAAAUCAGGAGAGUAGCUGAGGUUGACAUGGCUGCAAACGUAUAGAUACAGUCCUAAAACAGUGAUUCUUAACCUUUUUCAGUCAAGGCACCCUUUAAAAUUAUGGACAGUCCCGAGGCACCCUUUAAAACAAUGGACAGUCUUGAGGCACCCCAUUCUAAAAUGAGGUGCCUCAAGACUGUCCAUAAUUUUAAAAGGGCACCCCAUUCUAAAAUGUGA